AUGAGCAGGCAUUAUACAUUCGAAGUGGGCGAAACAAAAGAUUUUGAUUCGAAAUUAAUUAAUUUAAUCGAUAAAACACUCGAGGAUCUAUUUUUAUCCAAAGAACCGAAAAAUGAUGGACUAAAUGGGAUUUAUAUUGAGCCCGAGAAUAUCUAUUGUUCCAAAAAUAAGAAAAAUUAUUCGGCGUGUUAUCAUUUAUUACCACCUAACGAUGAACAAGGUAGAGUGAAUUUUCAAUAUGCAUUGAAUAAGUAUGAAAUCAAAAUAAUUCAUUAUGCUGCUCAUCAUGAUAAAUCAACUUUGCCAAGUAAUUAUGAAAGACCAGAAAAUCAAUAAAAGUUUUUUACGUAAUAGCAGAUUAAUUGAAAACCUAUAAAAAACGUGUUUAUAGAGUUUUGUACCGCUUCUACAGCAUAUGUCUACGUGCCUAGCCAAAACUGCCCACUGUGCAAGGGACAAUUUCCAUGGCCGUCGCAAAG